AAAAAAAAAAAAAAAAAAGCCUCUUGGAAAUACAGAAGAUGGCAAGAGGCUGACCAAGGAGCAUCUGUUGAGUGUCAUCAACCUCGCUUAUCUUUUUGCCAAUUGUAUUUUGUAUACUCAAAACACUCAUCUUUUUCAGGAGCAAAAUCGACGGUCCGGACCCUCGGGCGGAGGAGCUUGGACCUUUCUGGCGCCGAUCCGGUACCUACCUAUAAUCCUCGCUCCCAGCGGACUUUUCGGGCGGUACUCACGAGGCCAAAACCGAGCUUUCCUCACCAACACUCUCUGUACACAAUGGCCGAUUCUGAUGAAGAUUAUAUUGGAGCUAUUUCUGAGGAUGAAGGCGACGAUAAUGUUGUUCGUGGUUCUCGAGGCGCGGCCGGUUCGGCUUCGAAGCGAAGGAGGCAAAAAGGCGGAGCGGAAUUCGAGCUUUCGCGGACUUGGGAGACUUUAGUCGAAGGUGCUGAUGGCACGAUCAGCUCAACAGUCGAAGGGCUCUUAGAAGCCAGUAAGAGAAAGAGGCUUUUAAAGGACACAACACCACUGCAGCGCGGCAUAAUACGCCACGUCGUUUUGAUCUUAGAUUUGUCACAGUCAAUGAUGGAGAAAGACCUGCGACCCACUCGAUAUCUUUUGACUCUGCGAUAUGCACAAGAGUUUGUGAGAGAGUUCUUUGAGCAGAACCCCAUCUCUCAGGUUGGGAUUGUUGGAUUGAGAGAUGGCCUUGCGCUCCGGAUCAGCGACUUGAGCGGAAACCCUACAGGUCAUAUUAGUGCAAUACAAGACUUGAGGAGUCAAGAUCCGAAGGGUCUUCCUAGUCUGCAGAAUGGACUUGAGAUGGCCCGAGGUGCGCUAUUGCAUACCCCCAGCCACGGAACCCGAGAAAUUUUCAUCAUCUUCGGCUCGCUGCUUUCCUCUGACCCUAGUGACAUUCACCAAACAAUUACUACACUUAUUGAUGAUAAUAUCCGGGUCGGAAUUGUGGGACUUGCAGCUCAGGUAGCAAUCUGCCGUGAACUAUGCUGGAAAACAAACGGUGGUGAUGACACCUACUACGGUGUGGCUCUCAAUGAACAGCAUUUCCGAGAGUUGGUGAUGGAUGUAACAACUCCACCAGCCACAUAUUCCCAGAAACAAUCCACAAGCUCCCUUUUAAUGAUGGGUUUCCCAUCGCGUACUAUUGAGUCAUUCCCGUCCCUUUGCGCAUGCCACUCUAAUCCCAGCCCCGGGGGGUACCUGUGCUCGCGAUGCAAUAGCAAAGUUUGCGGUCUUCCUGCGGAGUGCCCGUCCUGUGGUCUUACCCUGAUUCUAUCAACCCAUCUCGCAAGGUCUUAUCAUCAUUUAUUUCCCUUGAUGAACUGGGUUGAAGUACCCUGGCAACGUGCUUCUCGCAGCACCGCUUGUUUCGCCUGUGGCAUACCUUUCCCCACCGUUCCUCCGAAGGAACAAUGGCAGGCCACUGAGAAUCUUGCCAAGGGAAUGAGUGUAAGCAGUCGCUACGAAUGCCCGGUUUGCCAAAAUCAUUUCUGCAUUGAUUGUGACCUCUUUUCCCAUGAGGUGGUGCACAAUUGUCCUGGCUGUCAGAGCAGGGUUGCAUACCAUCAUCCCCUUGAUGGCGUUUCUAGGGAACAAGAUGGUCUAGAUCAAAUGGAUAUCUCAAGAUAAUAGGCAUAGUGCGAUUGCACACGAAAGUGAAAUAAAGAUACCCAAUACAAAGCGAAUUAGAGGCUUCAGCUUCAAUCAGCUGUAUAUUUUUGGCAUUAUAACCGAUUUCUUGUUCAAGAAGGUCUUGUCG